AUUUUGCCUCAUCAUGCCCAAUCCUCAAGAUUAUACCGUUGGAUGGGUAUGCGCCACUAUUUCAGAAUAUGUGGCUGCGCAAGAGUUUCUUGACGAGGAGCACCAAGACGAGGAGCAAGAGACUCCCGGCACCUUGCACCCAGACGACGCCAAUCACUAUACCUUGGGUAGGAUUGGAAAGCAUCAUGUCGUCGUCGCAUUCUCUUCGAACCGCCAGAGCGGAGCGGCAUCCGAUACUGCCAUCGACAUGGUGCGAAGCUUUCCCAACAUUCGCAUAGCUCUUCUUGUGGGGAUUGGCUACUGCGCCCGGAACAAUGCCCGUGAUAUUCGUUUAGGGGACGUCGUCGUUGGCGACGGCCGAGACAGUGUCUUUCAGUAUGAUUUCAAAACCACCGUCGAAAACCAAUCGUUCAAAGACGUACGGUUCUUCAAUCAGCCGCCAUUGGCGCUCCAGACAACCAUUGCGGGAAUGCGGGCCCAGUACAAGAGAAGCGGCCAUCAGCUUGAGCAAACCAUCGAUUGUGUUUUCGAGAACAACCCUAGAUUACAAGACGAAUACCAGCGACCGCAAGCUUCAUGCGACUUGGAAGCCGAUGGAUCAAAUACAGUACCAGUACCACGACAAGACAACCCAGCAAUCCACUUUGGCACGGUCGCUUCAUCAAAUGAGGUGAUGACGGAUGCUAUCGAACGGAAUAGGCUUGCAGCGGGUAGGAAUGUCCUAUGCUUUGAGACGGAAGGGGCGGGAUUGAACACAAACCUCCCUUGUCUGUUUAUUCGGGGCAUAUGCGGCUACUCGAACUCGAACAAGAACAAAGAAUGGCAAGGAUAUGCGGCCAUGGCAGCGGCUGCAUACGCCCACGACCUUCUCUCACGAACCUCGGCCGAGAAGCUACAAAAUGAAGCAACAAUUUUUCAAAUUCUAUCGUCGCUGCCAGUUCCAGAGGAACGGAUUGACACUACUACUGGACAUGCAGGUGGAAGUUAA